AACCGCAAACCAUCACGAGGCCUCCACAUCUCCCUGACCCAAGACCCGUAAAAUUCCAGGGUGGCCGUCCCUUCACCAGCUGUCCUGCAGCAUACCUUGCUCUCACCUUGCCACCGGUCCCGCUCACCAUGUCGUUUCGGACACACGUGCUCGCUUGCAUGUUCGGCAUGGGCUCCUGGGUGGCUAUCAAUGGCAUGUGGGUGGAGCUUCCUCUCAUCGUCCCCUACAUCCCUGAGAGCUGGCACCUGCCUGCUUACCUGACUGUUCUCAUCCAGGUGGCCAAUGUGGGCCCCCUGCUGGUCACGCUGCUGCACCGCUUCCGGCCGGGCGUCGUAAAUGAGCGGUCGGUCAUCUACGCCAUUGCGGCCGUGGGCUGCCUGGCCUGCCUCCUGCUGGCCUUCCUGUGGCACUACACGGUGGAGGUGGCGGGCGGCCCUCACAGCGUACCCCUGCUGGCGCUCACCUUCUUCCUGUCAGUGGUGGACUGUACCUCCUCCGUCACCUUCCUACCCUUCAUGAUGCACCUUGAGUCUCACUACCUCACCACAUACUUUAUCGGGGAGGGGCUGAGUGGACUUGUGCCGGCAUUGGCUGCGCUGGUCCAGGGUGUGGGUGUGGUUCACUGUCACAACGCUACCCAGAAGGACAACGGGACUCGGGUCAAUGCCUCGGAAGCAGGCCUCACCCUGGAGCUGGAGGCCCACUACCAGCCUGCUAAUUUCUCCACCCAAACCUUCUUCAUCUUCCUCACCACCAUGAUGGUGGCAUCCAUGUGGGCCUUCCAUCUUCUGAACCGUCACCCAUCUGUAAGGCAGGAGCACAUGGGCAACGGAUACCUGGCAGGACAGAAGGAGGAGCCAGGACUCAGACUGCAGAGCCCAUUGGAACCAAAACCCAUGAUCACACCAGUGAACUGCCACCAGGGGGAGCAGAGGAGCGCCUUUGGCACUGGCACUUACAGCACGACGGAGAUGCUGUUCAUCUUUGUGGUCCUGGCGUGGGUGAAUGCACUCACCAACACCGUCCUGCCCUCUGUCCAGACGUACUCUUGCCUCCCCUAUGGCAACAAGGCCUAUCAUCUAGCGGCUGCCAUGGGUGCAUUAGCUAAUCCGUUAGCUUGCUUCAUUGCCAUGUUUGUGCCCAUAAGGUCACUGAUGCUGAUGGGGUUUCUCACCCUGACCGGCACGAGCAUUGGGGCUUACAUAAUGUUCAUAGCGGCAAUGAGCCCCUGUCCGCUUCUGGUCCACAGCGCAUCAGGAACGGUCCUCAUUGUUGCAGCCUGGAUUCUCUUUGUAUUAACGCUAUCCUAUGUGAAAGUGAUCAUUGGGGUAAUCCUGCGAGAUGAAGGACAUAGCGCCCUCGUGUGGUGUGGAGCGGUAGUGCAACUGGGAUCUAUGCUUGGAGCCUUAACAAUGUUUCCCCUUGUUAGUGUGCACAGUCUCUUUACAUCAGGAGACCCUUGUAACACUAGAUGUCCACUUUAGAGAUGCAAUCAAGUUGUCUUGGUUAUUUUUUAAGUUAUGGGUGGAUGUGUCCAGGACACAGUUUGUUUCUAUAUCUUUGUAGGUUCAAAUAGUUGUAUCCGCGUUUAGGGUCAUGGGGGGCCUCGAGCCUAUCCCAAUCAGCAUUGGGCACAAAGCAGGGGUAUACCCUGGUUAGGAUAUCAUGUACAUUUAUAUGACACAUGCAUGUCUUGUCAAAACCCUGGCACCCUCUUCUUACUGUAAGUCAAUGGGUAUGAAUUAGCGAUGGCCAAAUGAAGACUCAUGAACCAUUUGUUAUAUUUUUUGACCCCACUAGAUGGUGCUCUUGGCUUGCUUUUGAUCAUGCUUUGAGCCCUUUUUUUAACAGACAGCACCAUCCAGUAGGGUCAGAAAAUACAGCAAGUGGUCCGUGAAACUACAUUCGGCCAUCACUAGUGUGAGUGAUAUUUUAUUUUGCUUUAGCCUGAAACAUCCUGCAGGACCCCAUCAUCAGGCCAACAGAAUGUCUCUGGGAUGAGCUGUGGCACAGAAACAGAAGGAGAUGCAGACAGAUCCUUCAUAGGUGAGCAUCAGGUGAGCACAAAAGCACCAGCUUCCCG